AUGAACUCUCUCCGCAUUGCCCGAGCUGCUCUCCGGGUGCGCCCGACAGCUUUCAGCGCGCCGCUGCAGCGCAGAAGCUACGCCGAGGCCGUCCCCGAUAAGAUUCGCCUUAGCUUGUCGCUCCCUCACCAGGCCAUCUACAAGUCCCAGGAUGUCGUCCAGGUCAACCUCCCCGCCGAGUCGGGCGAUAUGGGCGUUCUCGCCGGCCAUGUGCCCUCGAUUGAGCAGCUGAAGCCCGGUGUUGUCGAGAUCAUCGAGGAGAGCGGUGGCAGCAAGCAGUUCUUCUUGUCCGGAGGCUUUGCCAUUGUCCAGCCCAACUCUCUCAUGAGUAUCACCGCCGUCGAGGGCUUCCCCCUGGAGGACUUCAGCCCCGAGGCUGUUCGGUCACAGAUCGCCGAGGCGCAGAAGGUCGCAAGCGGAGGCGGCAGCGAGCAAGAUGUUGCCGAGGCCAAGAUCGAGCUCGAGGUUCUCGAGAGCCUGCAGCACCACCUGAAGUAA